ACACUGUUGUUGACAACUACUCUGGUUAUAUUCUCUUCUCAUCCACAAAUGUAAUGAUUAAUGAUAAUGUCAGUGACAUACUACCUGAGUUUUACGACACCUCUACCUGCCUAAAUAUUUUACAUCUCCCAGCCAUCAGUGUACUUUAGGGAUCAGAUGUAAAGUUAUUACAGAAAACACACAGAAUCUGGAGCCAUGAAAACCAUUAUAGCUGCUUACUCCAAAGACCUUCGUGGGAGCAGGCUGAGUCUACGCCCUCUACUUCGCUCAAUAUCUGCUGCUUCAACAAUUCCACAACACCAUUUACGCACAUUUUUGCAGUUAUUUUCUGUUCUCCAAUGGAUCUUUUCCUUUCUAGUGAUGGGCCUGAUGUUCCUUGUUGUAUUUAUAUAUCUUUUCUUUACUUAUCUCUGGCCGAUCUCUGCUCUGUAUGUAAGCUGGCUUGUGUUAGACUGGGACAAACCCGAGACAGGGGGUCGACGCAGUUUGUGGGUGCGGAACUGGCCUAUUUGGAAUUAUUUUCGAGAUUACUUCCCCAUACAGUUGGUGAAGACUCACAACCUCCCUCCUGGGCGAAAUUAUAUAAUCGGAUCACAUCCUCAUGGCAUAUUGUGCAUUGGGGCAUUCUGUAACUUUGUUACUGAGUCUACUGGCUUUUCCCAAAAAUUCCCUGGAGUUCGUCCUUACUUGGCGACAUUGGCAGGAAACUUCCGAUUGCCCAUUCUACGCGAGUAUAUGAUGAGCGGAGGACUCUGCCCGGUGAAUCGAAAGUCUAUUGGUUAUGUGUUGUCACAGAAUGGCCGUGGUAAUGCAGUGGUGAUUGUAGUAGGAGGAGCAUCAGAAUCCUUGUCCUGUCAGCCUGGGGUCACCACCCUCAUCUUGAGUAGGAGGCGAGGGUUUGUGAAAUUGGCACUUGAGAAUGGGGCAGACCUGGUUCCUUCCUUUUCGUUUGGCGAGAAUGACCUGUACCAGCAAAUAAAUUUCUCAGAGGGCAGUUUACUCCGAGCUGCCCAGUGCAAAUUCCAGAAACUUUUUGGUUUUGCUCCGUGUUUUUUUUAUGGUCGUGCCCUGACUUCCUGUCAAUCCAAGGGUUUUAUACCAUACUCCCAUCCAAUCACCACAGUUAUCGGAGAACCGGUGACUGUUCCCCAGAUAAAGGACCCUAGUGCAGAGACGGUGGAUCUAUACCAUGAAUUGUACAAACGUUCUCUCCUCAAACUAUUCCAUGAACACAAGACAAAAUAUGGACUGGCAGAGGGCACUGAGCUACGAAUCUUGUGAAAAUGUGUUGAGAAGCUCACGGAAAGAGAAAUGCAGAACAUGGAAAGGCCUGGUACCUGGACACCUGUUGGAUUGAGAAUAAUUAUGAAAAUUAUUGGAACACAAUGACAGCUUCAGAGGACUGAUUGAUCAUACAUAACAUUCCUGGGAUGCUGAUAUUUUAAUUGAUGAUCUGUACAUUAUAGACAGACUAACGUGUGGGCAUUAAUACUUUAAAAACUCAUCCCAUUUUUGUCUUUUGAGAGCUACCAAUACUAUAUUCUUAAUUAAAUACACAUUGUCUUGUGUGUUCAGAGACACACUCCUCUGAGAUACAGAUGUAAACCGCUAUGAUCUACAUUGUGUGCUAUAUCAUACUCGUUACCAGAUAAAUCUAAAAAUUAAAAUACCGUUUUCUUUAUGCGGACAGCAUCUGAUGAUCACUCUCAGCAAUGAAUAAAACUUUGUACAUAGAAAUUGUACAUUAUUGAUUUAAAUUAAUUAAAUCAAGGCCAUAGUUGGCUACUGAGACCAU